AUGAAAUUCAUUUCUUUAAAAAUAGAUAAACGCUUGGAUAUACAAGCACUUCGAGGAUUGGCUAUUAUAUAUAUAAUGGCAUUUCAUAUAUUUCCCGAUAAAUUCACAAAUGGUUUUAUAGGUGUCGAUAUAUUUUUUGUGCUAUCCGGUUUCCUUAUCACUAUGAUCCUCGAUCAAUCUAAACCUAUCACUGCAUUUGUUGUUGCUGAUUUUUUUAGAAAACGCAUUCAACGAAUUUUUCCAGCUUAUUAUCUCUUAUUAACUAUUGUUAUAAUUUUUGGUGGUAGUGGACAUUUGAUUAACAUAGAUUUUGAAAUUCUACUUACUGAUUCGAUUUGGGCAUUCAUAUUUCUUUCUAAUGUUCAUGAUUGGAUUAAAAACAAUGAUUAUUUCGCAGCGGUAAUUUCCUUUUUUAUCACUAUUGGAAAUUUCAAUUUUUUACUCCAUACUUGGUCAUUGGCUGUUGAAAUGCAAUUUUAUCUUUUGGCACCUUUAAUUAUGAAAAUUCGACGCGAAUUCACCUAUGGCAAUAUUAUCGUAAUUGUUAUUUCAGUACUCUCCUUAAUACUACAUUUAGAAGCACAAGCUUCUCAGUCAUUUUCGUUCAUUUUUAGUCGACUAUGGCAAUUUUUUUGCGGUACUUUGGCGUUUCAUUUGUCGAAAAUGAAUAACCGUAUAUUUGUUUCAGAUUACUAUUUGAAGGCUUGGAAAGCCUUAACAAUCUUAUCACUUAUAAUCAUAUCACCAUUAUCGAUAAUAAUUCAUUUAAAUGAGAAAUUAUGUCGAAUCUUAGUGACAGGAGCAGUAACGAUAAUAAUAGCUGGAAAAUGGCAAGAUUUAAGUGAAAAAUAUUUAACUUUGCUUGGAUUGGAUUUUAUCGGCGAUUUGUCCUAUUCAUUGUAUUUAAUACAUUGGCCUUGUAUUAUUUUUAUCAAAUAUAUUUAUGAUAUUUCCUAUUUUGAUUUGAACGGUUUCGAUUUUUUAUUUUUUGAUAAUUAA